AUGGCCGCCCGAGGAAUGUGUGUGGGGUUGUGUGUGUAUAUCCCACCCUACAGGUUAAGGACCGGAAAUACGCCAUCACCCUUGCGCGUUCGCUCCCCUGAACCGGAAGAGGUUGAUGGUGGCUGCCGAGGUCCAAACCUCCUUCGUUCUCUGUGUUUAUCGUUCCCCUCCUCCUUCUCCGCGGGAGCUGAGCGCCAAACUCAAACUCUGUCAGGACCGGGACUUCUUUCAAGCUGGUACGAGGGCCCAGGCCUGUGGGGCUUUGUCGCACACCCGUCGGGGCAGCGGUCCGACAUGAGCCAAGUUCUGUUCCAGCAGCUUGUGCCCUUGCAAGUGAAAUGCAAAGACUGCGAGGAGAGGAGAGGAAGUGUUAGAGUGAGCAUUGAACUACAAUCACUUUCUAAUCCAGUGCACAGAAAGGAUUUAGUCAUCCGUCUGACUGAUGAUACAGAUCCAUUUUUUCUGUAUAACCUUGUUAUAUCUGAGGAAGAUUUUCAAAGUUUAAAAUUGCAGCAAGGUCUCCUGGUGGACUUCUUAGCUUUUCCACAGAAAUUUAUAGACCUUCUUCAGCAAUGUACGCAGGAGCAUGUGAAAGAGACUCCAAGGUUUCUGCUGCAGCUUAUAUCUUCAGCUGCUCUGUUGGAUAACUUGCCGGUAUUUUUAAAUGUUGUGGAGACAAAUCCCUUUAAGCACCUUAUUCACCUGUCACUAAAGCUUUUACCUGGAAAUGAUGUAGAGAUAAAGAAAUUUCUAGCAGGCUGUUUGAAAUGCAGCAAGGAAGAAAAAUUAUCAUUGACUAAAUCACUAGAUGACGUUACCAGGCAACUGCACAUUACACAGGAGACGUUAUCAGAAAAAACACAAGAAUUAGAUAAAUUGCGGAGUGAAUGGGCCUCACACACAGCAUCGUUGACAAAUAAGCAUUCUCAGGAGUUAACAAAUGAGAAGGAAAAAGCCUUGCAGGCACAGGUUCAGUACCAGCAGCAGCAUGAACAACAGAAAAAGGAGCUGGAAGCCCUCCACCAACGAAAUAUCCACCAGCUUCAAAACAGAUUGUCUGAAUUAGAAGCCGCUAAUAAAGAUCUGACUGAGAAGAAAUAUAAAGGAGACGCCACGGCCAGAGAACUGAAAGCGAAGCUUGCUGGUGUGGAAGAGGAGCUGCAGCGGACCAAGCAAGAGGUCCUGUCUCUGAGAAGAGAGAACUGUACUCUGGAUGCUGAAUGCCACGAGAAAGAAAAACAUAUUAACCAACUACAAACCAAAGUGGCGGUUUUGGAACAGGAAAUCAAGGAUAAAGACCAGCUUGUUCUGAGAACAAAAGAAGCAUUCGAUACAAUCCAAGAACAAAAGGUGGCUCUAGAAGAAAACGGCGAGAAGAAUCAGGUGCAGCUGGGAAAACUUGAAGCUACAAUAAAGUCGUUAUCAGCAGAGCUUCUGAAGGCAAAUGAAAUUAUCAAGAAGUUACAAGGGGAUCUUAAAACUCUCAUGGGCAAAAUGAAACUGAAGAAUACAGUUACUAUUCAGCAAGAAAAGCUAUUGGCUGAGAAAGAGGAAAUGCUCCAAAGGGAGCGGAAGGAAUCGCAGGAUGCUGGACAAGCUCUUCGAGCCAAAGAGCAAGAGGUAUGCAAAUUACAAGAGCAAUUAGAAACUACAGUUCAGAAACUUGAAGAAAGUAAACAACUUUUAAAAAAUAAUGAAAAAUUAAUCACGUGGCUAAACAAAGAAUUAAAUGAAAACCAGCUGGUAAGAAAGCAAGACACAUUGGGCACCUCUUCCACUCCACCUGUGCAUUCCAGCAGCAACCCCAUCAGAAGUGGGAUCUCUCCCAACCUGAAUGUGGUUGAUAAUAGACUAAAUUACCCGAGCUGUGGAAUUGGCUAUCCUGUCUCCUCUGCGUUUGCAUUCCAGAAUGUUUUUCCUCAUGUAGUAUCUGCCAAAAACACCAGCCAUCCAAUCUCAGGACCAAAGGUACCAUCUUCCUGCUUCUGCUCCAAGUAGCCGGAAUUACAGGGACACAACACUGUUCCAGGCUUCUCUGUCUGUCUGUCUGUCUGUCUGUCUGUCGCGCUCCCUGUUAUGUGUGUGUGGGUCACUUGGGAAUGGGAAGGAGGCCUCAGAGUACAGCUUGUAGAAGUCACUUCCCUCCAUCUGUUAUUUAGGUGCCAAUGGCUGAGCUCAGGUCCUCAGACUUAGCCACAGACGCCUCUGUCCUGUGAGCUGUCUCACUGCCGACCUCUCCUCCAUGGUUUGCUUCUCAGAACCCCAUUUCAUGAUUGCUGUAUUUUCUUUUUAAAAGAUUCAUUGUGGGCCUGGAGAGAUGGCUCAGAGGUUAAGAGCACCGACUGCUCUUCCAGAGGUCCUGAGUUCAAUUUCCAGCACCCACAUGGUGGCUCACAACCAUCUGUAAUGAGAUCUGGCGCCCUCUUCUGUAUGCAUAAUAAAUAAAUAAAUCUUAAAAAAAAAAGAUUCAUUGUGAGCGUGUGCCACUUCAAAGUGUAUGAAUACAACUCACAAGGAAAGAUAUAUCCCUUACUGAAUAUUUAAGUUCUGUGCUUUUCUUGUUUGUUUUUACUGCUGAGGGUAAAAUAUGAUCAAAAAAUAUGGAAGAGCUGGAGUAAAUGGCUCAGCAGUUAACGGCACUGGAUGCUACUGCAGAGGUCCACAAUCUGGUUCCUGGCACCCAUGUCCGGUGGCUCACACCCUCCUGUUAACUCCAGCUCUAGGGAGGGACACCCUCUUCUGGCCCCUACAGGCACUUUGAAGUGACUGUUAUUUACAGUAUAAUUUAGUGGUUUAGGAAAAUAGAGCUGAGCGGUGGUGGCCACGCCUUUAAUCCCAGCACUCAGGAGGCAGAGGCAGGGGGAAUCUCUGAGUUCAAGGCCAGCCUGGUCUACAGAGCAAGUUCCAGGACAGCCAGGACACAGAGAAACCCUGUCCCAGAAAACUAAAAACGAAAAUAGGAUCUGGGUGGGCAUGGCAGCGAAUUCCUAUAAUCCAGAGGCUGAAGCAGAAUGCUCAAAGCCAGCUUGGGCUGAGCAUCGUGGCACACAUCUUUUCUUUUCUUUUUUCUUUUUUAAUUUAUUUAUUUAUUUAUUAUGUAUACAGUGUCUUUUAAUUAUGUUUUCAGUGCUCUGUCUGCAUACAUCCCUGCAGGACAGAAGAGGGCACCAGAUCUCAUUACAAAUGGCUAUGAGCCACCAUGUGGUUGCUGGGAAUUGAAACUCAUGACCUCUGGAAGAGCAGUCAGUGCUCUUAAACUCCGAGCCAUCUCUCCAGCCCGUGGCACACAUCUUUAGUCAGGAGGCAGAGGCAGGCAGAUCUUCUGUGAGUUUGAGGGCAGCUUGGUCUACAAAUCAAGUUCCAGACCGUCAGGGCUACAUAGUACAUAGGGCAAGUGUUCUCAAAGCACUUGGGUAUGCUACCAGUAGUCUGAUAUUUUAGAUCUGCCUCCAUCCGAGAGUGUGCGUCCUCCAUUUAAUUGUCAUCAUUGUGAUCAGUGAAUGGAAGUGUCUCAUUGUGGUUGUCACUUUCAUUUCCCUGAAAGUUACCAGAGCUGGGUGUGGUGGCAAAUGCCUUUAGUUCCUGCUCUUGGGAGGCUGAAGCAGGCUGAUUUCUGUGAGUUCUGGGACAGCUAGGGUUACAGAGAGACCAGGUUUCAGAAAAAUUAAAGUUACUGAGAUUAAACUCCUUUCAUGUUCUUUAUUGUUCUCAGUAUAUCUGUUUGGUGAAGUUCUUUUGAAAUCUUUUCUCAAUUAAAGAAAAACUUGUUGGGAGUUGCUUCUCUCCACCAUUUGAACUUAGGUCAUCAAACUAGGCAGUAAGCACCCCAAUCUACUGAGCCAUCUCACUAGCCCCGUUUCCAAAUUUAUAAACAAUUUACUAUGAGAUGAUUCUGUGUGUAUUCUAGACUACGUCCUCCAUCAGAUGUAUGAUCUGGAAAUGUUUUCUGUCAGUUCGUAGCUUCUCCUUUUCUCUCAUCUAUUUUCCUUCCUUUCUGCCCCGUCCCCAUGCCUCUCUCCCUUCCUUCCUUCCCUCCCUCCCUCCCCUUUUGUUUUGUGACUGAGUCUCCGUAUGUAGCCUGGACGGUCCUUGAACUCGUGUUUCUCAUCCCUUAGUCCUCCUGAGUGCUAUUGCAGGUGUGACCCACCUUACCUGCUGGCUCCUUUUUAUAUUGUUGAUAGCUUUUUGAGUCAUGGAACUUUGAAAUUUAAUAGGGAAAAAAAAUAGAUUUAUUUUAUGUGUGUGGAUAUUUUUGCCUGCUAGGCAAGCCCUUUGCCACUGAGCUGCAUCCUCAGCACCUUAGUCUGUUUGUAGAGAGGGCCUCGAUCUGUACUCACGCUGGCCUUAAGUCCAUUCUCCUACCUUCGGCUUUCCAAAUGCUAACGUUAGAUCUGCAUGUCCCAACCACUGUGCCCUGCUAAGAUUACUGAUCUCUCUCUGCUGGCUCCAUUCUACUGUAGAACCUAUCAUUUGUUUGUUUUUUCUUUUUUCAGUUUUUAAAUUCUUGUUUCCUUUUCUUUUCUUCUUCCCCUUCGCUCAGUGCCAAGGACAGAAUCUAGAGCAUUGUGUAUUCCAGGUGUUAAGUUUCAGACCCUAGACAAACAGCUGAGGUGCCUAUUUAACACAGCAAAGUUGGACCUGGCCACCAGGUUCUCCCAGCAUCCCUCAGUCCCUACCUGUUACAGGGUAUGGCUGGCAUACCCAACCCUUACCCUGACCUUUCCAGCCCAGGGGCUGAGCUGCCCUGCCCCCAGAGGCUCUUCCCUAUAUAAUCCAGAUAUUUGGGUUCCCCGCCCCUUCUCUCUUGGACCUCUGGCCUCCUGGCUUCCGCACCUAGUUUCCUCUCCUCCUCUCCCUUCCCCUCCCACGCUCCCACAUGGCCCAGCUCAGCCUGGUCAUGUCCACUCUGGACCCUCCCUCUGGCUGUGCUCUUCCACACAUCUACAAUAAACUUUCUCCUCCACCAUACUUAGGAGCAGUCAUGCCCUUUCCUCUUUCUUUCUUUUUUUCAUUCACCAGGCAGGUGACCUACCACCAAGUUAUAUACCCUUCAGCCCUACGUUUUUUAAUAUUUGUUUCAUGAGUGUUCUGCUUAAAGCAUGGUUAUAAUGGGUGCUUUAAAGCGUUUUCCUGUAAUCUGAUGUUCGUUAGCCUACGGUGGUGUCUUUUGAGUUCUUUUUUCAAUACACCUAGUUGCUUCGAUUUUCCUGGUCCUUUGUUAAAUAGUUAGGACUGUAUUCUGGAUAGUGUAUUGUGAGAUUCUAGAGUCUGUUUAAAUUGUAAAGAAGAAACUUUUUAAAAAAGAUUCUUACUCAGGCUGGAGAGAUGGCUGCCCACCCAGAGCACCCAGAUUGAUUUCCCAGCACCCACAUGGCAGCUCACGACUGUCUGUAACUAGUUCCAGGGGAUCUGACAUCCUCACACAGACAUACAUGCAAGCAAAAUACCAAUGCACAUAAAAAAAUAAAUAAAAAGGAAUCAUCAAAAUAAUUAAAAAAGAUUCUUUGCUGUGGGAUGUCCUAUAUGCUGUGAAUAUAUGUUGCUAUGAUUGAUUGAUAAAACGUUGAUUGGCCAGUAGCCAGGCAGGAAAUAUAGUAUAGGCGGGACAAGCAGAGAAGAGAAUGCUGGAAGCCGAGGAGAGACACUAGCCUGCCGUCCAGGGAGCAGCAUGUAAAGGCAACAGGUAAAGCCACGGAACACGUGGUGACAUAUAGAUGAACAGAAAUGGGCUGAGUUUAAGUGUAAGAGCUAGACAAUGGUAGGCCUGAGCUAAUGGCUGAGCAGUUUAAUUAAUAUGAGCUUCUGAGUGAUUAUUUUAUAAGUGGUUGUGGGAUCUGAGGGCCUGGGCAGGACUGGAGAAAACUCCAGCUACAGAUUCUUAGUUGAAGUUUCAAGGUCUGAUCUGUUUCUAUAGACUGUGUUUUCUGGUCAGCUGUUUUUAUAGGAUUUGCUUUACCAUUUGUAUCUAUCCCAAAUGUGCAACAUCCAGCGACCAUUCUGUGACCUGUCAGCAGAACCCCUUUGGUUCUUUGGUUGGAGUCAGAUUGUGCAUGUGUUGCUCCUAAGAUAGUUUUGUAAUUUGUAUUUGGUGCUGAGAAUCAUAGCUUGUUUCUUAAAUGUGCUCUGCCCACAGGCCGGCAGUUUUAGAUAGUUUUAACAUCAUUGUGUUUGAUCUCAAGGUUUGCCUGUUCCUAUUUGCUUCCUGUAUUUUGUAUCUUUUCCUUGUCUUGAUUUUGGGGACUGUUGGUGAUACUUUACACAAAUGAGAGAAAAUGUGCGAUAGGAUACUUGUAUUUGGCUAUUUUGUUUAAUGUGAUGCCCUCCAUUUCCAUCAAUAUUGCUACAAAUGAUUUGAAUACUCCAGUGUGUAGUGUAUGUGUAUGUGUAUGUACACACACCGUAUUUCCCUUUUAUAUUUUAAUGGGCAUCUAGGCUGAUUCUGUGUUAGCUGCAGUGAACUGUGAUGUGGUGAACAUGGGUGUACAUUUAUCUCCUUUGUAUUCUGGCUUUUAUUUCUUUGGGUGUACACCCAAGAGUGAAGUAAACUCAUAGAAAACCCAUGGAUAGUGUUUUGAGGACCAUCUGUAUUGAUCUUUACAGUAACUGUGUUUAUUUACAUCCUCACCAACAGGGUAUGAUUCCUUUUUGCCAAAUCCUCACCAGCAUUUGCUAAUUUGUUUUUAUUUUGAUAAUUCCACCUGGGGCAAGAAGUUACUUCAUUGUAAUUUUGUUUUCUAUUUCCCUGGUGGCUAAAAUCAUUGAGCAGUUUUUCCAUAUUUUUAUUUCUUUGGAAAAGUAUCCAUUUAGAUCAUUGGCAUAUUUUAAAAUAGAUUCCUUGUUUUGUGAAUUUUUUUGGUUUGUGUAUUCUGGGCAUGAAUUCUCUGUUGGAUAUGUGAUAGCAGAUAUUCUCUCCCAUUCUGCAGAUUGUCUCUUUGAUGACUGUGUCUUUUUCCAUUUGUCAUUUUUUGCUUUUCUUUCCCAUGCUUUUGUGGUUCUGUCCAGAAAUCAUCGCCGGUCUACUGUCUUUUUGAAGUGUUUUCCCUUUAGUAGUUUCAGAGUUGCUGGUCUUCCAUUAAGGACUUUUCAUCCAUUUUGAGUUGAUUUUUAUACAAGGCAAGAGGGUAAGUUCAGUCUUUGGCGAGUAGAUAUCCACAUGCCCAGCCUCGUUUGCUGACAAGGCUGUUCUUUCUCUAAUGUAUGUUUUUGGUACCUUUGCAAGAGGUGGUUGACUGUAGCGUCAUGGGUUUACCUCUGGGUUCUGCCCCCUGUUCCAUCGGAAUGUGCAUCUCCAUUCGAGCCAGCCUACCGAUACGUUGGUUACGGUGACUCUGGAGAGUACCUUGGAAUCAAGUAUAAUGACGCCUCCGGCUUUGCUCUGGGCUCCAGAUUGCAUUCUCUGCUGGGUCUUUUGUGCUUCUGUGUAUACAUUUUAGGAUUUUUUUUUCUAUUUUCUAUUUCUUGGAAGAAUGUCUUUGGGCUUUUGAUGGGAAAUUCAUUGAGUUUGCCAAUGAAUGAAUAGAAUGGAUAUCUUAACUAUAUUAACUUGUUCAAUACUUUUCAUGUUUUAAUUUCUUUCUUCAGUGCUUUUAGUUUCACUGUAAUUUUGUACUUAAGUAUUAUUCCUUGCUAGUGUUUGCUUUUUGUAUUUAUUAUUUUUGGUUAUUUUAAAAUUUAAAUUCAAAUGCUUUACUUAGAAUUUUUAAGUAAGUGUAACAUCCUUUGAAAGCCUUUUAAAAGGCAUGGUUUUCAGAAUACACAAGGUAAAUCUGUUGUUGUGGUAAUAGGUUUUGUUUUGUUUUGUUUUUUGCGUAUUUUUGAGACAGAGCCUUGCUGUGUAGACCAAGCUCUCUUCAAAGUCUUGAUCGUUCCAGCACAUGGGGUAUGGGCACUUGCUACCAGGCCAGCCAAGCGCUGGCUGUUCAGUCCUGCAGUCGACCUGAGUGCGUUAGUGUCCAUGUCCAAGUUCCCGUCGGCAGUCACUCUUACUCACUUGCUUUUUUUGUGAGGAAAAGUCAGGUUCUCUUAAGUAUCAACAGAGUGUAAAACACAGGCAAAACCUUUCAUUUUAUUGUUGAGACUAACCAAGAAGUAAAACCUAAGCUCUCAGCUCAGCCUGGAACUGCCUCAGUUCCAAGUUCAUGAGCUAUGU